AUGGCAAAAAAAGAAACCGACAAAAUUUCUUCAUUACCCGAAGAGCUUCUUCUCAACAUUGUUUCCUCGCUUCCUUUCAAAGAAGCAGCGAAAACAUGUAUCCUCUCCAAGAAGUGGUUGAAGAUGUGGCAAUCUACCAACACAGUGAACAACAACCAACUCGAAUGCAACAACGUUGAAGUACCGCAAAGGAAGGCUUUCAAGAACUUCAUCAAGAUCUGGAUCACAUUGCACAAAAACCACCAUCUCCACGACAAAUUCACCCUCAGGGUUUCCCCUCCUUCGAACUGCUGUGACAUCGUUGGAGCCUACGUCGAUUUUGCCGUAGAGGACGGCGUGAAAGAUUUGGAACUCGAUUUCGCCGAAGCGCAGUGGGAGGACGAACAUCCUGAAGAGAAUAUCCACGAUGCCUCGGUUGAAUUUCCGAGACACCUUUACGAGAACAAGAAACUGCACCAGAAGCUCGAGAGUUUGAAACUGCACUCGUGCAGUUUCGAAACAAAAAAUUUCGCCAAGUUUGUGGCACUGAAAGAUGUGACUCUUGCUUGGAUUCCGUUGAAAUUGGAAUCGAUUAGGACGCUGUUAUCGACGUGCGAGUGGAUGGAGAGUUUGAGCCUGAAGAACUGUUGGGAUAUUGAAUCGUUUGAUGUAAAGAAAUUGAAACUGAAGAAGUUGGUGAUUGAUAGGUGCAUAAUUGGAACCGAUUAUAUUGGUUUUGAGGCGCCAAAUUUGAAGGUUUUCAAGUACUGUGGUACAGUGCCGCCGGUGUCUGAAGUAAAGGUGGAAGCUGGUACCAUAGAGGAGGCAGAUCUUGAUUUAAGCCCCAUGGAUGAGUUCUUUGAAUGUGGCAACGAACUUCAGAAUUUUCUUCAAGAUUUCUUUGCGGUCAAUGUUCUUACAGUUUGCAGCGUGAUUCUUCAGGUGAUUCCUUCGGGAGAUGAACCGGUGAGGCUACCAGGGGGUUUAAGGGUGAGACACUUGAAGAUGAAAAUCCAAAUGCAUCCUCAAGAAUUUUGCGGAUUCCUUUGGUUUCUCAACAGUUGUCGUAGGUUGACCAAAGUUACCAUAGACCUUCACCACUGCAAUAUCCUCUCCGAAUAUGAAGCUCCUUAUGAUGUGGAUCUUAAGAAUUUCUGGAAGAGGUUGCCAGUGCCAACUUGCUUCAGAAGAAGUCUCAGGGAAGUAGAAAUGAAUGGGUUUAUAGCAACAAGCGACCAACUCUAUGCAUGCUCCUAUUUCAUCAGUGCGGCUUCAAUUUUGAGGAAGCUCAGCAUCAAUGUUUUGAAUAACAAGAAUGAUGACCCUCACACGGUGGAGAUGCGUCGUAUUUUAGCAUCGCAAUUGCUCCAUAUUCCAAAGGCUUCAAGAAAUUUGGCCAUAAUAAUUCGUUGA